CAAGCUACUAAGUUCUCAUUUCAUUGCAUUUAUUAUGAGGUCAAAACUAUGAUACGCCUAAUGAUAUAAAUAGUAUGUUUUGAGAUUAAAAAUCACAAUUAGGUAGUAAACGGGUACUCAAUUUAUCCGCACUAAUUUUAAAAAUCUUUUAGAAAAUAAUGACGCCUGAACAUAAAGCAGUAGUCAAAAAUGCCGAUAUGUCAGAUGAUAUGCAACAAGACGCUGUUGAUUGUGCUGCACAAGCUUUAGAGAAAUAUAGUGUCGAAAAAGAUAUAGCAGCAUUUGUAAAGAAAGAAUUUGACAAGAAAUACAAUCCUACAUGGCAUUGUAUUGUUGGGAGAAAUUUCGGAAGUUAUGUAACGCAUGAAAUAAAACAUUUCAUCUAUUUUUAUCUUGGAGAAAAUGCAUUUCUUCUAUUUAAAUCUGGUUAAUUUGGAUUAAAAAUCGAAAAUUCAAGAGAAAUACCACCAGAAUGCCAUCAUAACAAACUUUGUUACACACAUCUGAUUUUUCUGCACAUAGCGUAACCCAAUUCACUCUACAAACACCAUUUUCUGUAAUACUCAUCAUUUUCCGACUUCCUCUUUCCACCAACAAACACAGAAAUGUAUACAGGUUGAAAGAAAAUCACAAAACAGAACAGAAUCCAUAUCAGUAUGACUGAGAUUUUGUUUUCAGAUUGAUUUUUGUACUGGUUGAUCUAUUAUCAUAUUGUGGUCUGUGUGUGCUUUUGUGUGUGGUAAUUUUGUCUGUGGUAAUUUUAUAUAAUCGAAAGUGAGACAUAUUCAUUAUUGAGAAACAAUUCAAAUAAACUGUUAUUCGAACAAA